AUGUCAACUGCAAAGGUGAAGACUGGACAACUCUGGGGCAAGAGCAAGGAUGAACUCGUCAAACAAUUAGAUGAGCUUAAAACUGAAUUAGGCCAGCUACGUGUUCAAAAGAUUGCUGGAGGUGCUGCAUCUAAGCUCACCAGAAUUCAUGAUCUUCGCAAAUCUGUCGCGCGAGUCCUCACAGUUAUCAAUGCAAAUCAACGAGCACAACUUCGUCUCUUCUACAAGAACAAAAAAUAUCUUCCACUUGACCUUCGACCAAAACGAACUCGUGCCAUCCGCAGACAACUCACAAAGCAUGAAGCCUCACGUAUCACAGAGAAACAGCAAAAGAAACGAACACAUUUUCCCCAGCGAAAAUAUGCUGUAAAGGCUUGA